AUGCUGGCGCAGCGUAGGUGCGUCAAGAGCUUCGCUGUGCAGCGAGUCCUGCGCUCCAGAGGGCGGUUCUCCGACACUUUUGGCGUGCAUUCGAACCUACACUCUUCGGCAGUUCUAUCAGCGUCUUCGUCGCCUGUUCCUUUAUCUAACGAGCUACGUGAGCGUGUCAAACACGCUCCUUUGGCUCCUACCUACGACCCGACAGUUGUCGAGCAAGGAUGGCAGCAAUACUGGCAGCAAGCAUUAUCUCCAAACACACAGUUGAAGAGCGUGGAUACAGAGUCCCUUAAUAAGGUGUUCAGCAUGAUCCUGCCGCCGCCCAACGUCACAGGCGCGCUCCACAUCGGCCACGCACUAACCAUCACUAUCCAAGACGCCAUCGCUCGUUGGCACCGCAUGCGAGGAUUCGACGUCCGCUGGCUGCCUGGGCUGGACCAUGCAGGUAUAGCGACUCAAAGUGUCGUAGAACGGAAGCUACACAAGGAACAAGGCCUCUCCCGCUACGAUUUAGGCCGUGAAGCCUUCGUAGACCAAGUGUGGCAAUGGAACGAGCAAUACGGAGGCAGAAUCAUGAACCAGAUCGAUCAUCUCGGUGCAAUUGUGAAGAAAGACCAGCCGUAUUUUACGCUGGAUAAACAACGCUCAGAAGCCGUAAUUAACGCCUUCGUAACGCUCUAUGAGAAAGGCUUGGUGUAUCGUAAACGGCGGAUGGUCAACUGGUGUCCGACGUUACAGACUGCCAUUUCAGACAUUGAAGUGGACUCGGAACAAUUGGAGAAAGCCACCAAGAAAAUGUUACCGGGAAGAGACAAACCGGUGGAGUUUGGCGUCAUGCAUCGCUUCAAGUAUCAGAUUGCCGACUCAGAUGAGUUCUUAGAGGUCGAUACGACUCGACCUGAGACCAUUUUUGGUGACGUAGCAGUGGCAGUGCAUCCGGAAGACUCGAGGUAUCAACAGCAUCACGGGAAAUGUGUGGUUCACCCGUUUUCCAAGGAGAAACUUCCGAUUGUUACGGAUGAAACACUGGUAAACAUGGAGCUGGGAACUGGUGUUGUGAAAGUUACGCCGGCGCAUGAUCCGAAGGACUUUGAGUGCGGCCAACGUCACGAUUUACCGGAAGUUGAAGUGAUCGACAAGUACGGAAAAUUGUGCGGUAACAUCGAUCAGCACUUUAUCGGAUUAGACAGGUUUGAUGCUCGCCAACUUGUUGUUGAGGCAUUGCAGGAGAUGAAUCUUUACGUGGAGAAGCUUGAUCAUCCUACUGCGCUGUCGAUCUGCUCGCGGUCAGGAGAUGUCAUCGAGCCGCUUCUCAUGCCUCAGUGGUAUGUGGACUGUAGCGAAAUGGCAAAGCGCGCUGCUGACAACGUCCGCAACGGAGUGAUGACAAUAGAGCCGAAAUCACGUGGUUUUUCUUCCUGGAUAACAUCCAGGAUUGGUGUGUUAGUCGACAGCUCUGGUGGGGUCAUCGCAUCCCAGCGUAUCGUCUGA